GCGUGUGCAUACGAGAGGUAAAGAAGCCGAUAUCAUUUUCCAUUGUGUAUUUCGAGAUUUUUGCCAAAAUCGAGUGUGAAUACGGACGAGUCGGUAGAAUUCCUGUGAUUUGUGAGUUAAAUAGUGUAGCUAUUGCUGUUAGACUUUGUUAUACCAUUGCAUGUGCAUUGUUUGAGGUUAAGUUGUCACUAACAUGAGCUUAUCUGAUGAAUUCGCUGAAAUUCUUAGCCGAAUCAACGAACAAAGAGGUGUAGGUGUAGAUGUUGGCCCCCAGGAUGAACGCAGAAGAAUCAUAAAAGGGCUUCGAAACUUUCUCGCAGAGGCUGCUUUUGAGGUGAAAUUCACCACAUGCCCUCGAAGCUAAGGCCAAUUGUCGGGGAGGAUGAAGAAGAAGAAAUGUGGAAUAUAUCAGGAUAUGAAUUACUACUAGUAAGUCCCCUUCAGCACACAACACUUUCAUAAGGAUUUUGCCCUGUUUUAAAGAAGUAACUCUCCUGUGACUGACUUUAUAAUAUAAGAUAAUAGCAAUCACUGCUGAUUCUAACUCGGUAGAAGGGGCUUUUCGGAGUGAAUUUCACAGGUUCAAGAAGAAGAUUCCCAAUUCGAUUAUUUUGGAUCAGCAAUCCGGGGAACUCCUUGGCGCAUUAUGACACUACAGCGGAGGAACGAUCAAGAAGCAUACUUCCCAUGGCCCGAAAAUUAAUCAAAGAUGAAGAGUUGUUGUACAGUACAUUUUAUUUCAUUGUUUUGGCGAAAUUUAAUAGAAUUUAUGGAAUCAGAGCGUUACUUACUUCACUCUAGAACCGCUUCUAACUGCAACUUCAAGUAUGACACAUGACAGGAUUUUGCACGUUAUGCAAAAACAAGGCAUCGAUCAGGUGCCUAUUUUUAAUAAAAAAAAAAGGGCUAGCUGUCUCCAUGAGGUCAAAAUUUAAAAUUAAUUAGUCAGUUUUAGAGGAAUGUUGAGUUUGGUCACUACUGCCUUGAUUAGCGGAAAUGUUAGACCCAUUGACUCAAUAUAGACAAGACUUCCGUUACUGGUUUUCCUAAAGUGUUCCAAAAUGCGACCGUAAGGCUUGUCUCCAGAGUUUUAAAACGUGAAAACUACAUUCUAGUUUUAAAAAAUAAAGUAAUAGACAAUCAACAAUUGAAAAAUCCAUCGGAAUUAUUACAACAGUUGAUCUCUUACGGUGGCGGUCAUUGAAAAGGUAAUACACGGGAUUUUGACACAUCCUCUCAAAAUUUAAAAAAUUGCAUAAUUAAUUUUUUCUUUGUCGUGAGUGUCAUUGUCACUGAAGACGUCACUUUUGACAAAUUGUCGAAUGUACAGAAAUAUAUUAUUAUUACAAGAUUAAGGGAUAAUGUCCCUCUACGAGUCAUCGCAGAAGAAAUAAAUGUGAACAAAAUGACUGUCCUUAAAACAAAGAAGAAUAUUCUAGUGACAUUUUAAACAUGACAGUGAUUGUCAAUUUCAAGGGAAAAUUUACAACGCCAAAAUUUUUUUAUUUGUCAAGUGUAUUACUUUUCAAUGGCCGCGACUGUACCAGUGAUGCCAGAUUAGGGAUUUUUUCCCUAGAUCUAGGGAUUUUUCUAACAAAAAGGGAAAAAGGGAUUUGUUUCAAUUUUUCUUAAUAAUUUAGGGAUUUUUUACAUUUUCAGUGAAAAUCUCAAUUUUUUUCACACUGCUGGCACAGUUUCAAAAAUUACAACAAUUUUUAAUAUGAAUAUUGUAACUUCGCCACGUUAGCGCAUUUGUAUAUGAGUUUAGCACAUAGUAACGCGGAAACCAAAAAUGUAUUUUCUAUAGUUACAUGAGUAAAGACAAAAAAAAAACAAGAUAGGAAGUGCACUAAAAGCUGUUUGCGUUGCCAAGUUUACUAAUUAUUGCAGUUCAUUUAAUGUUUUAGACGAAUAUUUAAAAUUAAUGAAAUCCCAUAAUUUAUAAAUAUAAAUCUAAAUUAAGUAGGUAUCUAAAUAUACACGUUUAUUUGAAUUUGUUUUAAUUGACUUGUAUUUUAUUUUUUUAUUUCUUUAGUAAAAUUUAUUUUAAUUUAUUGUUAUAUUAUUUAUUGAUUUUUUGUUGUUUGGAGUUAUCAUAUUUUUAUGUUGUAUUUAUAUUAUAUUACCUCAACAAAAAAAGGCCUACGAAAUAGUAUCUUUUUAAUUUUUUAAGUAGUUUAGGGAAUUUAGAAGCUACAGUUCAGUGCUACAAUCUAGGGACAAGCGCUUCAUCUCAUCUGGCAUCACUGGACUGUACAUCAGCACAGAACAACAGUGAUAAAUGGUACAACAGUUACAUCUCAUUUUUAUAAAUAAACCUCAAUAAACCUGUGCUCAAUAAAGAAUAAAAGAAUUCUAUUUGAAUAAACUUUUUUACAUCCUAAGAACUUGUAUGUGGAAUUACCGUCCACUUCGGCUCACGAAGAAUGUAUCAUCUGACAUUUUUAGGUUAGAAUGGUUUUUGACAUCUGUCAACAACAAAAACAUCACUAAAAAUGUGGAAUAUACCGCGAUAUAAAUUUUCUAAAGAAUCUGAACCGUCUUUAAUUAAUUUUAUAAAAGUGGCAAGAGAACAAGUGACACAAAACCGAAACUGUGAUUUGAAAAAUUACGUUUUAUGGAAAACGAAAUUACCUUUGGAUCCUCAUCUGAAACCAAAGGUAGAAUGUGACAAUGAAAAUACUACACAGCAAGAUCCACCAACGAUUAACUUAUGCUCAGAUGAAGAAAUGGAAGAAACAGUUUCUUUACCACUAAGUGAAUCUAAAAUAGUUGAAACUUCUAAUAAAAGUACCCUAAAUGACAUUGCUUAUACCAUUCAAGACAACGUAGAAACCGAAAAUGAUUUACCAGAAAAUGUUAGGGAGUAUCUCACAAAAUGUACCAACACAGCUUUGGAAAUGAUAUUCCAAAUUUUGGACGAAAAUCUUACAAGUGAAGGAAUUUAUUAUUUGGGAGUUUCAAUACAAAAUACUAUUUCUAGAAAUUUAAUUAGAUUAUUUUGUCACCAUUUGUUGAUCCCACUGAUCAAGAAAACAUAUUGUGACAAAAUUGUGAAUUUAUUAGAACAGUUUAGUUUAAAAUAUCCAACUAUAUUAAAUGAGGAAUGUCUUAUACUUGUCCAGUCUUUAGAACAACAUGAAAGUGAGAUUUGUUUACAAUAUAUGAAGAAGUUAAAUGUAAUCUUUCAAACUGUUUUAGUCAGGGAUUUUAUAUUUUCAAUUGAAACACUGACCAAGAAUUACAUAAUUUUAAUUGAUAACUUAUUAAAUAAUCAGGUGGAGUAUGAGGCCUUAAGUAAGUUAGUUCAAUUGUUAUCCAACAGUUGCGAAGAUCAUCACAAUGAUAAGCCUUUUGGUAAAUUGUUAAUGCAUACAAUUGAUGUCUUGGGCCCCAAUUUGGUCCGUGUUGAGCAAGCCCUGAAACACAUAAUUGCCGGUCACAAAUCUAUCUGGAAAACAAAACUAGAAAAAGCUUUUAAAACGAGUUAUGAAGACAGUUUGUUAUUUUCGCAGAGUUUCCGAGAUUAGAAAUAGAGUCGAUUUAGCAAAUUGUAUUUUUUCUGUCAACAUUAGAGCCCCCUCAUGUGAUGCUCCAUCCACAGAAGAGUAAAGCCUAGAGAUGGGCAAAAAUAUCGAUGUUUUUCAAACAUCGAAUAUUGGUCAAAUACAUCGAGUUAAAAAUGUAUAAGUAUUUUUUUAAAUAUCGAUGUUUUUUACUGAACUCGUAUUAAUAGAACUGCCUUAGGAAUUGGUUUGUUUGUAACAUACAUAACCUCUGCAAGUGUUUACAAGAGACAAGGCUUGUGAUUGGUCGAUUCCUAUUGUUUUUGACAGUCGACAACUGUCACAUUUUCUGAUCGUAAUUUUUCCAAUUUUUAAGUGUGUUUUGUACUGUUUUUACAAUAAAACACUAUGGUUAAUUCUUAUGUAGUGUGCAGAAUCCGCAAAAUCUUCGAUUUCUUUACACAAGUUACCCACAGGUGAAACUUUGGAGACGGGAGUGGAUCAAUGCUUUGGGAUUAGGAGAUUUCGUUUUGACAUAUACAUAUGUUUGCUCAAAACCCUUUUUUUACAUAAUAAAUGUAUUUCCUAAUUUAAUUACGUCCUAAUAAACGUCACCUUUUUUAAUUACAAAACGAGCCGCCACUGGUACGGUGGGCAAAGUAAACAAAAUGCAUGGGAUUUUAUAGGUUAUGUAUGCUUCACACAAUCUAUACAAGCUCAGCAUAGGAAGCCAUUCCUAUUAAUACGAGUUCAAUGAUGUUUUUACUUCGAUACAUCGAAAUUGGUUCAGUUAAUUAUUUUUAA